UAAAUUUUAAAAUGUGAGUUUUAAAGGUUUUCUGAGAAAAGAUGAAUAACGUUUAAAACAUCGGUAAACACCAUCCAUUGCAAUGAAAAACGAAUCUGAAAAGCGUAAAAUUAUAAGAUCACCCCAAGAUUCUGAAACAUCUACCACUGAGAGUGAAGAAUGGGGAAAGGAAAAACGCAACCUAUCAAAAGUUAAAAAGAAAAGGCAAAAGCUUCAAAUUAAAAGAAAUAUAAGUGAUAGUAGUAGUGAUGAGGAAGAAUUUAAUGAUGGAUAUGAUGAGAAUCUAAUUGGUGAUGAAGAAGAUAGAUUACGAUUGGAACAAAUGACUGAAAAAGAACGUGAACAAGAGAUAUUUAAUCGGCUAGAAAAGCGAGAAGUUCUAAAAGCAAGGUUUGAUAUUGAAAAACGAUUGCGAAAAGUUGGUAAAAUGAAAGAAACAGAAAGACUAGCAUUACUUAAAAAUGAUAAAUUACAUAUUUCACCUCAACACAAGAAAAAUGGUACAAAAUUGAAUAAUUCUUCAUUUUCUGAUGGAUCCACUACAUCUAAUUCUGAUUUUGAGCCAUCAUUCAAUUCUGAUGAUGAGGGAGGAUUAAAAAAUUCAAACAUCAUACAACAAAGAAGUCGGAAUAGUCGGAGAGUUUUGGAAUUGAACAAAAUUGGCAAGCAUAACAAAAUACAUAAGGCUAUCCAGGAUUUAAAGGCCAAACGGGAAGAAAAAAAGAAAGCUUUAGAAAAAAACACUUCGUCUAAAUUAAAGCAGACCCCGACCACUAAACCCCACUUGAAACCGAGUGAUAUUUAUUCCGACGACGAUUCUACGACAUCUUCCGACGAUGCAAAAAUAGUAACUCAGAGUGAUAAGGCCACCGUUGAUAUAUCAUCCCAGUCUUCCUCUGAUUAUGAAGAUACUAGCAAUCUUGAAAGCAAAGCCGAAUUGAUAACAACCCGAGAGCAGCUCAGCAAAAUAAGGCUCUCAAGAAACAAAUUGGAAAAAUGGGUUCAUAUGCCUUUUUUCGAAAAAACCGUUAAAGGUUGUUUUUUGCGUGUCGGUAUUGGGCAACAUGAAGGAAAGCCAAUCUAUAGGAUUGUAGAAGUAAUGGAUGCUGUUGAAACCUCUAAAAUUUAUCAAUUGGGAGCCACAAGAACUAACAAAGGAUUGAAGUUAAGGCAUGGUAGUGAAAGCAAAGUUUUUAGGCUCGAAUUUGUUUCUAAUAGUGAUUUUACGGAUUCCGAAUUUUUAAAAUGGAAAGAUGCUAUAAAUUUGUCAAACAUUAGUUUACCAGAUACGAAUCACAUUUUGGAAAAGGAAAGGGAUAUUAAAGCAGCACUCAAUUAUAGCUUUAAAGAAGAGGAUGUUGAUAAAAUAAUAAAUGAAAAAUUACGUUUUAAAAAGAAUCCAUAUAAUUUCGCUAUGAAAAAGAGCAUUCUCCUCAAGACAAAGGAAGAGGCGGAAUCUUUAGGCGAUGAUGAAAAAGUUUUCGAAAUCAAACAACAAUUGGAAGAAUUGGAAAUAAAGGCUACAGAAUUGGAUCGCUUGAGGAACAGCAGCUUGAGCGCUGUUAGCUAUAUUAACCAAAGAAAUCGCAAACAAAAUAUAAUUCAAUCCGAAAAGGCCAAUAUGGAAGAUUAUAUUAAUAAAUCUACAUCCGCUCUUAAUGAAGAUGACCCAUUUACUAGAAGAAAAUGCCUGCCAACAUUAGUGACGAAAAAGAGAGACGAUAAUUUUGAAAUGCCCAAUAUAUUGCCAUCUCGAUCUAUCGAUAUUAAAACGAAUCAAUUCAAAUCCACAAAGCAUCCUAAUACCAAUGAUUUAAACUUUACCAAGACCCAAUCUAAAACCAUUAAUACACAUAAAACGAAUUCGAGCUUAAAGAUUACAGAACAAACCUAUUCUUAUACCAAUAUAAGUAAGGAUAAUUUCAUGGGUUUGAAAAAUGAUUCUCAUAAAAAUUCGACUAUUACUCACGAUUUAUAUGAAGUUCAUAAUUUCGACAUAAAAAUUGAUUUAGGAAUACCGUCAAUGUCAAUGGAAUCAUAUGACUCCUCGAAUAUAAAACCUGAUUAUAUAAUCAAUAAUAUAGCUAACUCACCCCUAAAAAUACCUGAUGCUUCUAACACUAAAAAAUCUAUGAAUCUUGAAGACUAUAAAAAGUUCCGAGGCUUAAUAUAGCAUUAUAUUUAUUUAUUUUAUAUAUAUAUAUUGUAAAAUUAAUGUAAUUAUUUAUCGU